AUGAACUUUACAAGAUCUGUCAUUGUUACCGGAGGUACCCAGCAUCUGGGAUACCAUGCCGCUCUCAGCAUUGCACAGGCGCACCCCGAGUAUCUCGUCGUGAUUGCCUCACGUUCCGCCAGGGCAGAUGCGGCAAACACAAUCAACCGGACCUUGAACCAGCAAAACACCAGAUUCAUUCCUUUGGAUCUAUCGAGCCUUGAUAAAGUGAAGGAUUUUGCUCAAAAGUGGGCAAGCAGUGGCCAUGCACCCAUCCAGGCCCUUGUGCUGAACGCUGGCAUUCAACAUCCCUACGAGUUGCACCUGACAGAGGAUGGCCUGGAAGAGACGUUUGCAGUGAACCACGUUGGGCACGCACUUCUUUUCCAUCUGCUCUAUCCACAUCUCGCACAAGGUGCUCGAAUCGUCCUCACCUCGAGCGGCACCCACGAUCCUGCGCAGAAGUCUGGUGUGACUGACGCAAAGUACGAGACGGCUGAACAGCUCGCCCACCCGGCCGGGUCGGAUCUGAAAUACCCUGGCAGGGGUCGCUACUCAACCAGCAAGCUGGUCAAUGUCCUAUGGACGUAUGCACUCCAUCGUCGCUUGCAGGUCAACAUGCCAGAGAAAUCCAUUACGGUCAACGCCUUUGACCCAGGCUUGAUGCCCGGUACCGGUCUGUCACGCGAGGCCACCAGAUUCGAGAGGUUCUUGUGGCACAAAAUCAUGCCAAAUAUCAUACCAUUGCUGAGACGCGUCUUUACACCCAAUGUACACACCACCGAAGAGUCUGGCCAGGCAUUGGCACGGCUUGCCAUUGGGAUCGACGUGGCUGGAGUGAGCGGCAAGUAUUUUGAAGGUCUGAAGCAGAUAAGUUCGAGCAUAGACAGCUACGAUGAAAAGAAACAGGAGGAUAUAUGGUCAUGGACAAUCAAUUAUCUCGGCAAAUGGGGGCCUGUAUCAUUUUAA